AAGAAUGUAGAGGCACAGCUCUACAAGAUGUUACUUUAUGGAGAGGGUGCCAUGUUCAAGUCACACCAAGAUUCGGAAAAGGAACCGGGAAUGUUCGGCACGCUCGUGAUAUGCCUCUCAUCUGACCAUGAAGGCGGAGCGGUGGAAGUAAAACAUGUCGGAAAAAGACAGCUCUUCGAAACCGAGUAUGCUGAGCAGUCGUACAUCUGUUGGUACUCUGACGUUAGGCACGAAGUACACAAGGUCACUUCGGGCUAUCGCUGGGUCCUUACCUACAACCUAGUUCUU